AAUUCUCGUCAGGCUUUCUGUGAAGACGCCCGUUUCUGGCCGCAGUGCAUUGUGGUCCCGUCCCCGCUCUUCUGUCGGGGAUCCACCGCUAACGUGAAGCUGUGGUGAGGACCCAGAGUUUGUACAGACAUGUCUGUGCGGGAGUCCUUCAACCCCGAAAGCUACGAGCUGGACAAGAACUUCAGACUCACACGCUUUGCUGAGCUCAAGGGCACAGGCUGCAAGGUGCCUCAAGAUGUGUUACAGAAGCUGCUAGAAACCCUACAGGAGAACCACUAUCAGGAGGAUGAACAGUUCCUGGGGGCAGUUAUGCCCCGAUUAGGCAUAGGCAUGGACACCUGUGUGAUACCCCUCAGACAUGGAGGCCUUUCUCUGGUCCAGACGACAGAUUACAUCUACCCCAUUGUGGAUGACCCGUACAUGAUGGGAAGAAUUGCUUGUGCCAAUGUUCUAAGUGACCUGUACGCCAUGGGAGUGACUGAGUGUGACAACAUGUUGAUGCUUUUAGGAGUCAGCAACAAAAUGUCAGAGAAGGAAAGAGACAAAGUCAUGCCACUGAUCAUUCAGGGAUUCAAGGAUGCGUCAGAGGAGGCAGGCACGUCUGUAACAGGAGGACAAACGGUGCUCAACCCCUGGGUGGUGAUGGGAGGAGUAGCCACAACAGUCUGCCAGCCCAACGAAUUUAUCAUGCCAGACAAUGCAGUCCCAGGAGACGUGUUGGUGUUGACGAAGCCACUUGGAACGCAAGUUGCCGUUGCUGUACAUCAAUGGUUAGAUAUCCCUGAGAAAUGGAACAAAAUAAAACUUGUGGUAACUCAAGAAGAUGUAGAACUGGCUUAUCAUGAAGCCAUGAUGAACAUGGCUCGGCUCAACAGGACAGCGGCGGGUCUCAUGCACACCUUCAAUGCCCACGCAGCCACCGACAUCACAGGGUUUGGCAUCCUUGGCCACGCCCAGACGUUGGCACGACAACAGCGAAGUGAAGUGUCGUUUGUCAUCCACAACCUCCCAGUGCUCGCCAAGAUGGCUGCUGUGUCCAAGGCCUGUGGGAACAUGUUUGGUCUCAUGCAUGGCACCUGCCCUGAAACAUCAGGAGGCCUGUUAAUCUGUCUGCCGCGGGAGCAGGCCGCUCGCUUCUGUGCCGAGAUCAAAUCACCAAAAUACGGAGAGGGCCACCAAGCGUGGAUCAUCGGGAUUGUAGAGAAAGGAAACCGCACUGCUCGCAUCAUUGACAAACCUCGGAUCAUAGAGGUGGCACCACAGGUCGCCACGCAGAAUGUCAACCCAACUCCCGGUGCAACCUCUUAAUCCUCCUCUGCUGAGUCAUAGACCGGAACCCAACAGCUCUGUUGAGUGAUUUUAGACACAUAAACUACAAAACCAUCCUAGAGUGUUGAAAUAUAUACACACAAUAGUACGUACACAGAAAAGACUGGGUUGGUGUGUAUCUACGUGGAAAAACUGCACCACACAGUGGCCGUGGGGAGCAUGUCACCACCCUAUGGACUCAACCUGAUGUUAUACCCAUUAAGAAACAUUGGUGAGAAAUAGAGCGUACUUAAAAUCCAUAUGCCUUUUGUGUCUGAAGUAUGUUUCGUUAAAUGUGCUUGAGUGGCAGGCAGCUUCUGGUGAGAGAGUGAUCAAGACGAUAUCUGAUAAUGUUGGUUCAUUUUGAAUCUUAGGAAGUCUGGAGCCCGUUGCCUCUUUUUAAAAAUUGCUCUCUUCAAGCGACAUCAAGGUGAUGUGUUGGUGUUAUUGUUUGUCCAUUCACUUUGUACAGUUAAAAAAAGCCUAGUUUUAGUUCAUUGCUGUAACUGAUGCCUUGAAAGAGUGUGACCAGAAUGGUUUGUUUUUUAUUACUUUGACUUUUUGUAUUGUCCCCACAUAAACUAAUAAAUAAUAAAAUAGACAAUGUUUUGUUCUCGCCGUUUGGGAGUGGCAGUUACGUGAAUAAACAAAUACAAGGUGACAUUAUCUACUUAUUUACAUAGAGCUUCAGAUAGAAUUUUUUUUACAUGAACAGCGGAUGGUGCUCCACCAAGUCUAAUAUGAGUUCUGGUUUUAGGUCAAAGCUGAGAAAAUCUACAAAACUCUUAGGAGAUGAACCUUCUGCAUUCCUGAUGUCAGAUAAAAAAUUGUGCGACUGUUAUAGAGGAAAAGAGUUUUUCAGACAACAUGUGCUCUAAUCUGUGAAUCUGUUGCCUUGGUUCAGGAUCCGUUGCAUUUAAUUUAGCACUCACUUGAAACAGAACUUUGUUUUGUUCAUCCUAAUUGUUGGGAUGAACCUCUGUAAAUGUUCAUGUGGAUAUCAUAAACAAGGUAUAACCUCCACCCCAGCUCUAAUAAUAAACUUCUCUUAUAACAGUG